AUGACAAGUUCUUCUACAUCAACUCGCAAGGGUCUGACCAAAAUCGCCACGAAUCGGUUGCAGAAAGAGUUCAUGGAGUGGCAGACUAGUCCUCCUUCUGGUUUCAAGCAUAGAGUCUCUGAUAAUCUCCAAAGAUGGAUCAUUGAAGUGAAUGGAGUUCCAGGAACUCUUUAUGCCAAUGAAACUUACCAACUUCAAGUAGAAUUUCCUGAGCAUUAUCCUAUGGAGGCUCCACAGGUUAUCUUUCAGCAUCCAGCUCCACUUCAUCCUCAUAUUUACAGCAACGGUCACAUUUGUUUGGAUGUUUUGUAUGAUUCGUGGUCUCCCGCGAUGAGACUAAGUUCAAUCUGUCUCAGCAUUCUCUCAAUGCUCUCAAGCUCAUCCGUGAAGCAAAAGCCGAAAGACAAUGACCAUUACUUGAAAAACUGCAAAAAUGGAAGAUCUCCCAAAGAAACUAGGUGGCGGUUCCACGACGAUAAAGUAUAA